AUGCACGUCUUCCCGGGAGACAGCAUAGACGUUCCCAGUACAUCCAGCGCUGUAGCUGGCAUACACACCACGCGUACUACAGGUGCUAUCAGUACACGAGCAGGCGUCCUCAGCAGUGGCGGUGGCGAUGGCGGCAGAAACGAUAUUGACAUGGAUACGGACAGGAAAAAGACUAGACCGCACAUACACGUCGCAGAACAGCGGAGAUACCUCGCCUGCACGCACGACAGCGUUAUCGGACAAGUGAUAUUCAGGGGCGCGGACGGCUACAGAGUCGACGUGGGCUCAGCCUCCACGGCUAACCUCGAUGCACUCGCUUUCGAAGGAGCCACCAAGCGCAAUAAGCCGAAUCUCAAGGUCGGCUCACUGGUUUAUGCUCGCAUCAGUCUCGCUCAUAGGGAUAUGGAGACUGAACUCGAAUGUCUCAACCCUGCUACAGGUAAAGCAGAGGGUUAUGGAGAGCUCAAAGGUGGCCUGCUCGCUGAUAAUCUUAACAUUAACUUGUGUAAAUCCCUUCUGGAGAAAAAUAGCUCACUGAUGAACUCACUCAUGAACGCUUUCAACUUCCCUUUCGAAUUGGCUACAGGUGUUAAUGGUAAGGUUUGGAUAGGCGCUCCUUCCCCUUCCCAAGUCAUUGCUGUGUAUCGCACCAUACUUAGAGCUGACAGGGAGGGCGUCCAUGUUCUCACUGAGGACUGGUUCGCAGAGUUGGACGAGUAA